UGGCAAAAUAUGCAUAUGUACCUGUCAUAAAUGGUCUCACUGACUAUAACCAUCCAUGCCAGAUAAUGGCUGAUGCACUUACUAUGCUUGAGCAGAUUGGUCGUAUUGAAAACACUAAGGUUGUCUAUGUUGGAGAUGGGAACAACAUUGUGCACUCAUGGCUGUUAUUGGCUGAUGUGCUUCCUUUUCACUUUGUAUGUGCUUGUCCUAAGGGAUUUGAGCCUGAUGCACACACAGUGGAGAUGGCCAGGGGUGCUGGAAUCAGUAAGAUUGAAAUAACAAACAGUCCCAGGGAAGCAGUUAAGGGAGCAGACGUUGUGUACACAGAUGUUUGGGCCAGUAUGGGACAAAAGGAAGAAGUUGAUUAUAGAAAACAGAAGUUCCAGGGAUUCACGGUGGAUGAAACCCUGAUGGAGAUUGCUGGCCCAUAGGCCUACCUUAUGCACUGUUUGCUUGCAGAGAGAGGAGUGGAGGUGACUGAUGGCGCCAUUGAGGCUCCCAACUCAAUCGUGUUCCCCCAGGUUGAGAACAGAAUGCACGCUCAGAACGCCAUCAUGCUUCACGUGCUCGGUGCUUAACUCUCCUAUUGCACACCAGUGACAUGCUGCUCUUAGAUUAUUGGGCAUUGCUGUCUUGCUGAAGCAUUGAGGCUGUUUUGGCUUUAGGGCAUAUAUGAGAGCUUAGUUCAGACGAACUGUUUAGUAAGGUGAUAACGGUUCUUCAGGGUGGGAGUUUGUUGUGCUGUAAAGGUUUGGUAAC